AUGACUUACUCGGGCGCCGGAUGCUUGGGUCGAGGGGAGUCAUCGACGGUGGUCAGGUGGGCAGGAGGCCUGCCGAGCACGCCACGGUUCUUGUGGAUGGACGUUUCCGUCUCUCCUCAGGAAGGGAGGCGACAAACCACCGUGACUACGGCCCUUGAUCCCGUGAGGUUGUUCGCCACCGAAGCAAAGUGGCGGCAGCCCGGCGUCGGGCGGUGCACCGGUGCCGGGGCAAGGGGGGGACCCUCCUCCUCUGACGUCCCAGUUCACAGUUCACAGAGCGGCAGACGUACAGAAGGGGAACAGCAGCCGUACACAACGGCAUUUGUGACGUUCACAUUGAUGACGCUCAUGGUGGAAGCAUGUCGACGUAUUAGUCAUGAGGGUCACAAGCCCGAUCGCCAGGCUGUCAUGGCGCCUUGUCAUCUGGCCAUGUUCAGCAUGUCGCAGUUUCCCAGAGCCUGGCCCACGCAGCCCCCUCCCAAGGCCCGGCCCAAGGCCCCAGGCCCCAGGCUAGGUAGUUGUCCCAGCGCGCACCACAGCGCACGGCGCCCUGAAGAACCAGCAGUGGGAGCUGCCGCAGCAUCAUCAUCAUCUGGCCCACAGCCCGCGGCCCGCAGCCCGCAGCAGCCUCGGGGCACCAUCCGCUUCGCGCGAGCCAGCCGCCAACCGAGCAAGCUCAGCCCCGCCUCCGACAUCGUCAUGGCUUCAGCAGCGCCGCCAACCGCCGUCGUGGAUGCCCCCGAGGAGCCUCCAAGCGACACCUCCAAGCUGAAGACGUUUAUCGGCAUCCUGAGGAAGUUCAUGGGCGUCGCAGACCUUGCUGCCGUUCGCUUUUCGCUGCCCUCUCAGCUUCUCGAGCCGACCCCGAACCUCGAGUACUGGACCUACCUCGAUGCACCCAACGCCUUCGUCGCCAUCGGCACCGCCGACGAGCCCCUCGACCGCAUGCUUGAGGUAUGCCGCUUUUGGUUCACCAAAGACCUCAAAUACGUCAAGGGCAGGCCCUGCAAGCCCUACAACUCGUGUCUCGGCGAGUUCUUCCGCUGCAACUGGGAAACCGAGGACAAUGCGCCCAAGAUCAAUACAACCGCCCUCAAGGGUCCCACGAGCGGCAACGUCAGCAGCGCCUCGAGCAUCCGCUCCGUCAAGGCUGACAAGAAUGCCUCUACAAAUUCCCUCUCGCUGACCGACUCCCAUCCACCCGAGGCGCGCUUCACCAUCAUCGACCUCCUUCCACUCAAUGUGGCCCCCAAAGUCGUGCCCCCCGCCGACAAGCAGCAAGAGUACGAGUCGCUCUCGCUCUGGGGCGGCGUCACUGAGGCCAUCCACGCCAAGCAGUUUGGCAAGGCGACGCAGGUCAAGCAGGAGCUCGAGGAGAGGCAGCGCGAGAAGGCGCGCGAGCGCGAGGCUGCCGGCACAACCUGGCAGCCCGUCUUCUUCCAGCAGGUCACGGGCAACGGGGGCCAGCCAGUGCUCACGGACAAGGGCAGGGAGGUGCUGAAGCGGGCGCAGCAGGCUGAGUGGAACAUUGACGAUGUCGUCGGUGCCGCUCCGGCCGCCGCUCCGAUCGCUGCCUGA